AUGCAGCAGAAUGCGGAUGCGGAAAUGCUCACAACAAAGGUGUUAUUCGGCCGUGUCGCCGAUGUAUUAUUCCAAAUCAUCAUAAACGGAGACAUAAGCGCGGUCUUAAACCUCCGCCUUGUCAACAAAUCGACAUAUGAGACGAUUGGAUCACUCGAGCCGCAUAUCUGCCGCUGGUUCAUGCGCCUGCACAAUAUCAUUGCCUUUGCUCCUCUUAUCACACUGAAUUCGCAGACAGGCGGUCAGCGACCUGUCACAGUGUACACACUCCCAAGAUUCAUUUACCGUCAACAUACUGCAAGUCAAUUAGCCCGGCGUAUCAUUCCCUCUGUAUGGGGCCCAUACAUUGAUAACGGAAAUCCUGAGAUGGAUUACAAUGCUGAAUUGAAACUCGCACAAACACUGGAACGGGGAAUACACGUGCUGUUUCACUUUGCGGAUGCGUCCCAUGAUACAGAGAUGCCGCAAGUGGAAGAUGGGGAAAAAUCGGCUAUCCAUGGUCCUGGGCGGCGUCUAGUACUGACUUGGGCAUCGGACUUGUACGACGACCUCCUAGAGCAUAUGAACCAAUCGAUGACUUCUGAUAAGAAUUUCGACCAUAUCUACACAGUGUUGGAAUGGGGACAUGUGGAAGCGGAGAUCGGCAGAAAAAGGCUUCGCUUGAGGAGCUAUCUUGACGAACAGAAUGAAGUUGAUUUUCACACUGCUCUACGAAUGCUGCGGGAGCUCAUGGAGCGCAUGCUUCUUGGACACGGCCCGAAGGAUUGGUACCGCGAUGCAAAGAACGAAUACAGCUUGAUCUCUUGGUUCAUUCUGAAGCAAUCACCCAGAAAGUUAGCGAAGCUUUUUCUAAGUCCUCAAGACGAAUGUUGUCAUCUGGAUGACAAGACUGGUGAUGCUGACGUCAGAGAGUGUCGCUUUGCGGAUCCCUUGGACAGUUACUGGGAGGAGUGGAAGAACGACCUGGAGCUGCGAUGUCGCGAUUGCGACUGUAGACGCCGCGUCCGGAGCUGGAGCGUGAAGCCGGCAUUGAUUGACGCUCGGGGGCGAGAAUUCAACCGAGCAGCGGAGAAGUAUCUAAAGGAGAUGUGGAGUCAAAGACAUAUUGGCCUCCAUCAUGCUUUUACCAUGGGUUACUUGAAUACAUUCUGA